AUGAAUAGCAAAGCGGCGCAAGAGCGUCAGCAGCGCGUCUUGAUCGAUCUCGUCCGCCAACCAGGCAACGAUGUCUGCGCAGACUGCAAAGGCCGCGCGCCGAGAUGGGCUUCAUGGAAUCUCGGCAUCUUCAUCUGCGUUCAGUGUGCUGGUGUGCACCGCAAGAUGGGCGUUCACAUCUCCAAGGUCAAGUCCAUCACGCUCGAUACUUGGACUCGCGAACAGGUGGACAGGAUGAAGGAGGUCGGCAAUCUCAAGAGCAACCGCAAGUACAAUCCGGACGAGAUGCGCAAUCGACCACCGACCAACAUGGAGGAGAGCGAAAGGGACAGCGAGCUGGAAAAGUAUAUCCGUAGGAAGUACGAGUUCCGUCGAUUCAUGGCAGGACAAGCUCCGCCGGUUCCAACCAAAGAUGCCACCUUCCUCACCUCGCCUCCGUCUUCCAUCGGGAGAUCGAGGUCGCCGAACCCGUCUCCGCCCUCGAGCUCGCGGAUUCCCUAUGCAGAGGGAAGCAGCAUCGAAAGGUCUCGAACAGCACCCAUACCGACGACGUGGAGGGAAGCUCAGCAACGAGCUAAGGCCAACGCACCACCACUUCCAAGCCCCGCAGCCACCACAUUCAGGGCGGUAAGUGGGCCGCAGACGAAUGGCGCGGCAGCUUCAUUAUCAGUAGCAGUAGCAGCAGCAGCAGCAGCAGCAGCAGCAGCAACGACACAGCCGACCUUGCAACUUCCCGCUACUACAGUACCGCUACGCACGUCCAGCGCACUCAAUGCACGGAACGGACAAGCGGCUGCAUCUGCAUCCAAGCCUUCGACCGGAUCAGCACAAUCGAGCGUGUUCGACGAUCUCAUCUCGCUCUCUGGACCAACACAGUCAACGGCGGCUCAGCCACCCCUGCAGAUGAAUCCGUGGGCUGCGAUGCAGGCACAGCAGCAAGCAGUGCUGAGUGCACCAGCCAUUCAGGAGCCAAGCGGCAAUUUCUGGGCCGGUUCAUCAGCGACCAACGGUGCGCCAUCUCCAACGUACUUUGGCAUGAGUUCGUCUCCGAACGGCAACGCCUUUGGUCAGAUGCGCAACGUCCCUCAGCAUUCCAACACGGCACCGACGCUGGGUCUUGGAACACCACAGCAACCAAUGAUGCCGCAGUCCACAGGGAUGCUGAGCCCAGGCAACGGUAUGAUGUUUCCACAGUAUCAGCAGCAGCGAAGCGCGAGUCUUGGGACCAUGGCCUUCUCGACAUCGCCACUGCCAUCGCCCGGAUUCGUAUCGAGCAACCCGUUCAACACCACGCCGUCGCCCCAGCCUCCCACCUUCAUGGCCGCCGAUGGUCCGUUUCAGCAGCAGCCACAGCAACUGGGGCAGGCCGCAUUCCAAGGUCAGACCAGCAUGUUUGGUAUGAAUGGCCAACAGCAACAGCAAGUUGGCAAUGGCGUCGGCUCUUUUCAAUCGUCCAUGAUGCCCAGCUCUUUCGGACAGUCACCGCAUUUUGGCGGCCAAUCCAUGCAACAGCAGCAGCAACAAUACCAGCAAGGAUCGCAGUUCGGCAAUAUGUGGUAG